AUGACCACGGAAAGCCCUGUACGAGUCCUUUGCCUAGAUGGGGGAGGCAUACGAGGAAUAUCAGCCCUCUAUGUCCUCGACCAAAUAAUGGCCCAGGUCAAUCGUCAGCGGAGGAACAGCACUCCAUCGGCCGAUCUCCUGCGGCCAUGUGACGUCUUUGACCUGAUUUGUGGUACAAGCACAGGUGGUCUAAUCGCACUAAUGCUAGGCAGACUUGAAAUGGAUGUUGAGCAAGCAAUUAAAUGCUACAAGAAGCUUUCCCGGUCUAUCUUUACGUCAUUUUCAAAGAGGAAUGGAGAGAAGUUCGACCAUAUCGUGCUGGAGAACAAGAUUAAGGAUAUCAUUUCAUCGGGACCUCUGGGAUUGGACCCUGAAGCUCUUGCCGCCAACCCCAAUCCAACCUCUUGUAAGACAUUCACCGUUGCUAUUCGCACACGCGGGGCAGCGCACGUGCCAGCUGUCAUGCGCACUUAUGGCUCUCCUGUUUUCAGUCCAUUCAGGGGGAAAAUUUGGGAAAUGGCACGGGCAACUUCGGCUGCACCUACCUUUUUCCUCCCCAUCACUAUCGACGACAUUACCUAUGGAGACGGAGGCGCAGGAGGAUACAACAAUCCUGCCGAGCUUGCAAUUGAUGAGGUUGAAUAUAUUUGGCAAGGGAAGCGUAGGAUUUCUUGCCUUAUCAGCCUGGGAACGGGGUUGGAACCUGCGCUGCAACUACAAAAUCCGGAAACAUUGAAAUCAGAAAAUUGGCUGGAACGGACUUUUGGAAUUCUCGCGCCGAAUAAAGCAUUUGAGAUUGAAGUCGCCCGGUACCUUGUCAACUGUCUGACAAAUUGUGAGACUGUGCAUGACAGAAUCGACAAUCAGCAGACCCGGUACGGCGUGAAACACAGAUACUUUCGCCUUAAUAUGCUAUUGCCUCAUAUCGGACUGGAAGAAUGGGAAAAGAUAUCUGACAUAAUAUCACUUACUGAGGGGUUUACUGAGAACAGGAAGUUCUUCAAUUUGAAGAGGGACAUUGCGACUAUGCUCCUUGAUCGCGCGGUGGAAGUUCAACCUUCUGUGAUAGCAGUACAACCCAGAAGUGAUGAAAAUGGUCGGAACUUUCUCCAUAAAAAUGCGGUAUACAGCAAUGUUGGAAACUGCAAGGACGAUGGAAAUCGGAUUAAAAAACAAGACUGA